AUGGAACCCAAAUCAUCCGAUGAGCACGAGACGCAGUCUACGCAAUUGCCCAUCCUCCGUCCCUCCUCGCAGCACCUUGGACGACGACCCUCGAAUACCCCCCGAAUCGGCCUGACGACGACUAGUGGCCAUCUGAGCGACGGCGAAGAACGAGACUCACUAUUUGGAAAGAGGAAGAACGUGCCUCGAAAGCUUGACAGCGAGAAGUGCCAGCUUUGUAGACAACACAAGUUGAAGUGCACACCGCAGCCUCGACUGUGGCCACAAAAAUGCGAUCGGUGUUUGUCAAAGGGCCUGGAAUGCUCGCCUGGGGAGAUCAAGCGGCGCGCCAGACGACCGGUCAUGGAGGAGGAGCAAAACGACGUUGCCUCCGAUAUCUCAAGCGCGCCGGCGAUGCCGCCGAAUAAACACAAAACCCCUCGCGAGACUUGGGGCACUGAGGAUGUCAUGAAUAUCCUCACCGUCGUCCAGCUCCUGAACGGCGAGUACGAAAUACACCACAGUCAGAGAACAUUACUAUCUCGAAUCUUCGAUCCUCAAACAUCGUCCAAGGGUAGUCUCCAUUGGGACAGCCCUGCAUCCAGCGGGCAGCGACCGAUCCCCUACGUCUCAAGCUUGCAUCAGAGCCUGCCCCUGCUCAAAGACAAGCUGUCCCUGGCCUUCAAAGCUCGCCUCGGGCAAGGGGGUCUCUCUUCGGUAGACAGAACAGUUCUCGAAGCUGCCCUAGUGGAUUUGCAUACCGAUCUACCGCAACGUCCGAUCAUGGCCGGCCACGAUGCUGUAAAAUCGCCUAGUCAGACGCAUCUCUGCGACCUGCUCCUCGCGGUGAGAUCCCUAGCCUUAGAACCGAUCCCGCUUAAUCAACUCGCUGGUCUGGCCAGCGACAUGUAUUCAGAGAACCUGAUGAGAAAGUUCGGGCUGUACCAUUGGUCCCACGUCGAGCAGGGGUUCGGUCCCGAAUGGGCGAAGUUGCUCGGCUACUCCGUCCUCGGGUCGUUUCUCUUCGAAAGCGGCGAGCACUACCGCGAAGCAAGGUCCUAUGUCAAGAUCUGGAUCCACGACGUCGUCGCGAGAGACGGCAUGGGAGUUGGCCUCGCAGCAAACGACCUCGCCUCUUUCCCGGCGCAGUCAUGGUCUCUCGACAGCUUGGCCUUCCUGACUGACGAGGUCGGACUGAACGAGAAGGAUAACCAAGGGCUCUCGUUAAUGCACGCCGCGAUUCUGGACCGAAGACCAGACAUCGUCUGUCAGCUCAUUUCACGUGGCGCGAGGGUACCUAAUCGGAUCCGAGGGAAACGUUUCUCCCUCCUCCACUUCGCAGCAGCGGUCGGAUGCCAAAAUUGUUAUCUCGAGCUGCGCGGUCACCCGGACCUCGCGCCGGCGGAGGAGAUCCGGGACCGGGACGGCAUGUUGCCGCUGCACGUCGCUGCGCUGCGCGGACAUACUCGCGUUGUGGAAACUAUCUUGUCGGCGAAUCAUCAAGAUGUAGAGUAUGUCAACCGCGAGACGUUACAGUCAGGACAGACUGCGUUGUCUCUGGCCAUCGCCUAUCCGGAAACAAACGACACGGCCGAGCUCCUCGCGGGUUAUGCCGGCGUCGACUUUGUGGUUGAUCGAGACAUGAACCAGACGGCACUGCACGUGGCGGCGUCCCACAAGAAGUCCUUCUUUUUUCGCGCCCUCCUCUCCAUCGUGCCUCAGGGGCUGAUCAACGCGAGAAACGAGGACGGGGAGACGCCGCUGCACAUGCUUGCUCGUUACGGCGACCAGGAGACCUUGGAGGCGGCCCUGGGUGUUCCGGGGGUCGAGCCAGACCUCGAGGCGGGAGAUGGGUCUACGCCCCUCGUCAACGCUGUGAUGGAGGCUAGGGCCGGUGCGGUGGAAGUUUUGGCGGUUCGUGGGGAUGUCAACGUCGCAGUGUUGCAGCGGCCAUUGGAGCCGCCUGGAGUGUCUGCUCUCGAUUAUGCGAAGCAAAUUGUAGAGAGAGAUGGCAUUCACGUGGAGCAUGCAAAGGUGCUGAGAUACCUGCGGGAGAACUUCGUAGAACUCGCGGAUGACCUCAACGAUUACUCGGCAUCAGAAGGGCUGGGGGGUGGGACGUGA